AUGACUACCAGCCUGAUAGGCAACAAGAACGAACCUUCUUUAGAUAGUCAAAGGAGAGAAGGGAACCUUGCUUCCGAGAAUUGCGUGUUUGCCAGAGACAUUAGAAAAGAGGGCGUGAAGGUCUUGGAGGAUUCUCUGAGAUCUGAGAGAAACGCUUUGCUUGCUAUCGGUGCGGGAGGUGCAGUAGACCGGGUUGAGCGACACUAUAGGAGGCUGUUGGAUGGCUGGGAGGCGGCUAUCAUGGAGAUACGCUCCAACGACAAAUACGAAAGUCUGUGGCGUGGGUUUGCUAUUGAGAAAGCUGAAGUGGAGACGGAAAUGAGGAAGGUGGAAAAACAAUGGCCAGGAGAACUGGACGUCUACAAAGAGUGUUUUGUUUCAGAGUGCUUUGAUAAGAAAAAGAGAAGACAUAUACCAGAAUCGAGCAAAGAGCUUUUGGAAAAGGCAUUCAAAGUGAAACGAUUCCCCAAUUCGAAGGAAAGGGAGAGGAUAGCAAGGGAAUGCGGGAUUAGCCCACUUCAGGUCCGGGUGUGGUUUACCAACAAGCGAGCCAGGAGCAAGUCGAGAGCAUAG